AUGAUUUUUGUUAGCGCUGAUCGACGUUAUGUGCAGGGAAAGUCAGUGCGCGUCCAGGAGACGCGUGGUGUUCGAUGGUGCAUUUGUUAUGCUUCAAGGCAAUGUGUCGGCAUCUCUUGUGACACCAUGACAAUUGUCCAUGUUAUUCUGGAGGCUGCGGAUGCCCUUAGUUGCACCAACGAGGUGGAGGUCUGCACCGUUGUGUCGGCGGCUGCGUCGCAGACUGUACCGAAUUGCUUCUUUUUAGCUCAUGGGGAAAGUCGCUAUCUGACAGUAUUGCACGGAGGCUCGGACCACAUUUUCGAGAAGAAAACGCUUUCGCUGCUCUCGGAAGGGGUGGAUCGAGGUUCUGAUAUAGCGCGAGUGAUUCCGACAAUUUAUGCGCAUGGCUGUGGCAGUCUGUGUCUGCUUGCUGUGGUCUUUCCGGACGCUGUGUCAUUCACGGCGUGGGAGGGUUACUCGCUGGUGUCCAUUGCAACGCUGAGGAAUGAGCUCAGUACCUCCUUUGGGCAUGCAUUUUGGAAAGCCACUGUACAUGGUGCUCGUCUGUUCAUUCUGCGAUCCGAUUCUCGAUGCCUCAUGUGUGAUGUGAUGAUGAGGAAGAGCUGUCCUGCCAUAGAGGAAAUCGUAGUGGCUCAGCAAGUGACGCUGCCCAGUCAUGUGGCCUGCCUAAUGGGUGGGGUCGAGACUGGUGUCUUCCUUUGCUGGCGCAGCGACACCUCACCUGAGCGCUACACAGUGCUGCUGCAAUCCCGCGCAGGGGAAGACGAGUUUGAACCUAUCAAGGUGCACACUACUGUCCGCCACUUGUUCGCUUCGACUUCUGUGUUACUGCUCGAGGUGAUUCCGAUCCACAGAAGCUACGGUGUUGUGUGCUUGUUCAGCACGGGCGAGUGUCACGUCUCGUUGUACAACAAUCCUGGUACGGUGCUGCUCGCACUCGAGGAGCACCCCUAUGACGCGACGAGCUGUCUUGCGUUCGAAAGCAACUCAGGCGGCUACUGUUGCGUACUUGGGUUCAGUGACGGCGACAUAAGAGUGUUUGUUGACAGACAAAUUCGCGCUAAUGUUCGGGCCGCUCACUGUGGUGCUGUAGACCGGCUGCUCAAACUUCCGAAAAUGAAUGAAACAGACGACACCUUCUUCGUAAGCAUGUCCACGGAAAUGGGCACCGUGUGCUGCCACGCAGGUGAGAAAGCUGCGGUGUCACGAACCAUGUGCUCCCCAGCGAGGCCGCUUACCGCUUGCCUGCUUAACCGCGAGCUACAGUAUAUGUGCUUGUUCUCAGAGACUACCGGCAACCUCUGGCACCUCCCCACGUGUCGCCUCGAGCGGGCAUUUCGGUCGUCUCAGGGGCCACCUGAUCGGCAAUUGGACAACCUCCUUGAGCAUCACUGGGCAUCCGCAAUGAGUAUCAUUAGGUUUCGAUACGCAGGAGGGGAACGCUACGCGAUGCGUAUCGAUGUCGGCUCCCUUCUUAGCGGACUCGGUGCAGCGGUGCAACCCUUGCAACGCUCAUCUCCAGAGUAUAGCUCGGCACUGGGGCUGAUGCUUCGGUGCCUCGGCGAGUCCUGUGCUCCUUCGCUUCUCAUAGACGAUGCCCUUUGCAAGGCAUUGGAUGACUUGGACUUAGUGGUGACUGGAGGGCAGACCUACGAAUGUGUUUGGUGCGCGAUCCUGUUACUUUGCGGACUGUUAAGCCACACCUUGGAUGGAGUCAGUGCGGCUGCGAUCUAUUCCACAAUCCAGUCGCUUGGAGACAGGCUUACCUCUAGUGUUGCUUUAGACCCACGCCGACAGGCCGACGCUGUGCAGCUUUUUUUCUCUCGCUUCUUUACGCUACGACGAUCGACACCUGCACCUUUCCGCCACGCGCUUCGGCUGAUGGCAACCAAACUGUCUGCGUGCAGCCUCGCCGAUGUUGUGAACUUACUGCACUCACGUGCAUCGGCCGCGCAGUCACACCAUGCUGCUGGAGACGAAGCACCCGGUGCGCCUCCGCUGUUUGAGAACGGAGACGCAUUUGCUGCUCUCCUUAUCGUGUUGAAACUGGCCUCUCAACGCACCGACUACAGCCUCCUAGCGGACGAGGUAUUUUUGAGCCGCCUUCACCAGAGCACUCUGGAGGCUCAGCGUGCCGUUACGACCGCGCUCGACAAUGGUCACCCCCUGCCCAACUGGUCCGCAACAUUGUUGGGUUUGGUGGAGAGCCACGCCACUGGGUGUGCCCUGGAGGAAACGGGCCUCUUCCACAACUUUGUGAAGGCCCUUGUGAGGGAAGCAUUUGGUGGAAGAGGCGAGGAAACCAAGCAGGCGUCGCUGGAAGCGCUCAAGCGGCUGGUGGCGCAGGAUCCGCAGGGCUUUCUGUCCGUCUACAUCGUAACAGGCUUUCAGCUUACUCCAGAGUACCGGCCGUACAUUAUCGUCUUCCUUGCCCAUUUCGUCAAGAACUUUCCUUACGAAGCCUACGCCGUGUUUAGCACAAUUGCAGAUAUAGUUAUGAGUGGUCUGAGCGACCUUUCUUCCGCCAGCCAGAACGCUGCUUCCAUCUACCACGCUGCUGUGUCGCAGUUGCUGCGCGUCACGGUCGCGUCACUGCCCAGCGUAUCGCUGCAACAGACCCUGCGGCACCUCGCUGUGGGCCAACGCGACGGCAAGGUGGUGGUUUACAAUGUAAAGGCAGGGUCAAUUGUAGCCGCCUUUCAGGCCCACUCAGCCCCAGUUUUGGGGGUUGCCUACAGCGGCAACAUCACAACCCUUGAUAUCGUCACCAUCGCCGAGUCCCUGGACGAGAUCAAAGUGUGGCGGUCGCCAAACCAGUCGUCGUCUCUCGCCAGCUUUUUCACUGGGAGCGGCGGACUGAGCUUCAAGCUGGUCAUUUCCGUGGAUGUGCCGUCGAUCGGCCUGCGUGAGGAAAGUUUGUCACUUCUCAUCAAGUACUUCCAGCUCAAUUGGCUGUCCCCGCAAUGUGUUGAGUUUUCCUCUCCUUGGCACGGUAAGCUGCAAGUGCCGCUGCCGUGA